AACCGCCCAACCCAGUCUCUGGGGAACGAAAGAGCGCAGCUGAGUCUCCAGGAGAUCAUGCAAGUCGAAACGAACCUCAACGAACAAAAUACCGAGGCCUACGCGCAGUCAGCCAAUCACGCCGUCCCUGCGCGCACUUAACGCGUGAUGGCGGGCUUGGCGGAUCACACUGCUGCUGCACCCGCAAGGCGCAGGUUGUUCCAUCGCGAAUUGAUGCCAACAAUCGAACCUCUAUUUUGGGCGCGAGGUUUCGCUGCCCCCGGCCGCUGUAACGGGUAUGAUUUCCGGGCCUGCAUCAAAUGCAGGGUAGCGGAACUCUUGGAGAGCGAAAAGGCCACCAUUGAGCCCUUCUCAGAGAGGAGCCGAAGGACCGGAUACGCACAAUUCUCCCUCUAUAUCAGGUAUGGUUCCUUUCUGGGCGGGGCCUUUGUUGGCGCUGCCACCUGCACAGCUCCCUCUUUGAAUUGAUGACAAUCCCGAACCCCUGAUAUUGGGAACACUUGUGUUCGCAAUCAACGGAAUCUGGCUGUCCUCUUCCGGGUCAUGCUUUCCGACCCCGGCCUCGUUCUUCCGAUCCGGGGAAAGCCACUGCACCCGACAUGGGGGCGUG